GCAUGCACGUGGUUCCUCACUCAACGCAUAAGUCGCACCCAUAUAUAUUCAUAUUACUUGUAAUUGUUUCACACACACACACACACACAAAUGUCUUCCAUCCUUCCCGACACCGCGCCACCAGAUUACAACAGCGCCGCCCUUCGCAGUGGCGGCGGUGGUGGUGUCCUCCCCCACGGCGGACGUGCGGCGCGUGCCCCGAUGGACCGCGGCGUCAAGCGGGCCACCGAGUGCCCGUGCGCGGUGCGGCUCUACCACCUCGCCGGUAACGACGUGGCGGCCCGCAGUGAGUACUGCAGUGUGGUGCUGGGGGCUCCCUCCGUUGGCAUCAGCGAGGCCGUGCGCACAGGAGUGCUGCCCAGCAGUUCCUCCAUCACCCCCUCAACGGCAACCGCAGCAUCUACACCCGCCGAUGCGCAGGCCACGGCAGCUUCGCAGGAGGAUAACAAGCGUGUCCACGCAGCGUCCGCCCUGUCGUCCUCUCCCGCUGUGGCACGGCCAGUUGCGGUGCAGCUGGCGUGGGGUGACACGACGGUGUGGGAGGUGGCGCACACGGCUCUGCGUGCUGUGCGUGCUGACGUCGAUGCCGCCUACGACGCCGAGCGCCGUCAACAGGCCCAAAAAGUCAAAGAAAGCAUUCGCGAACGACACCCAUCGAAUAAGGCGGAGAGACCUGCCGAGGCGGACAACGAAGAAGACGAGGAGGAGCCGGCGCCCUACUCCACUCCACUGCACCGCUACGUGGUGGAGUUGCUCACCGGCUCGGUGAACUCGCUCGGGCAGGCGUCAAUCAUACCUCUUUGCACGGUGACGUGCCGUCUGGCACUUCCAGGGCACACGGGUCUGCUGCCAGUGCGGCGGAACAGCGCGGUCGACUACAACACCGCUCUCUAUGAGCUGGCGUACAACCUUGGCGAUCCGGUGUUUGUGACGUGCACCAGGGCACUUUAA